CCAAGAGCCUGCCAUUUCCUGAUGCUGUCCUCUUCACUGGCUGUUUGUUGUUCUCCUCAUCUUUGCACCAGAGUGCUGGUGUGAGGCCCACCAUUCCUGCCAUCCCAGCACAGGUUGCACCUUAUUCCUCCUGAAACAAAGGUCCUAGUGGCCCACCUUAUCAAAGGACACCAAGGCGUUCGGUGCUGCCUACUCUGCCUGGAUCCGGAGCAAGACCUCUAAUCAGCCUCCUCCCUAGUCACAUAUAUCCCUAGACUUCAUUACUGGACAGUCCUGUUCUAAGGCCUAUUCUUACUAUCAUGGAUAGGUUUUCUAAGCUUCCACCAUAGAGACCACCAAUCUACUUGUCAAGCAAUGUUUUCCUUCUCAUUUUCGACAUUUUCCUGUUGCAUGUGUUUUAUGUUGUUUGUGUGUUUUUGGUUUUAGAUCAUCUCUGUGUUUGGAACGUUUGGACGUAACUGCACGUUGACAGAAUGUUACAAUGAGCACUAUAUGAGCACUAUAUGAGCACUAUAUGCUUUGUACGGAGGAGUGAGCUGACAGAGAGCCAAUGAGAGUCCUGAAAGGGUUUAAAAAGGUUCAAGUCAGCUAACUUAAAUUCACAAGUUCAUCCUGACAACCUGGAAAAACAUGACAACAUACACUGACAAAGGCGAGAAGCAUGAGCUGGGACAGUUCCUCUGCUUUGAUCACUUGACAUUCUGGGUUGGGAAUGCAAAACAGGCAGCAUCAUAUUACUGCAACAAGCUAGGAUUUGAGCCAUUGGCUUACCAGGGCUUGGAGACAGGCAAUCGAGACGUGGUGUCCCAUGCAGUCAAACAAGGAAAGAUCAUAUUUGUGUUCUCAUCUGCCUUGAAUCCUGGAAACAAAGAAAUGGGGGCUCAUUUAGUCAAGCAUGGGGAUGGAGUGAAGGAUAUUGCAUUUGCAGUGGAGAAUUGUGACUUCUUAGUGCAGAAAGCCAAAGAGCAAGGAGCAGUAAUUGUCAAAGAGCCCUACAAUCUGGAGGACAAGCACGGGAAAGUCAGACUUGCUGUGCUGCAAACAUAUGGCGACACCACACACACAUUUGUGGAAAGGACAGGAUACAGUGGUCUCUUUCUGCCUGGCUUCCAACCGCCUCAAUUUAAGGACCCCUCCUUAGCCAAAUUACCUGAGGGAAAACUGAACUUCAUUGAUCACGUUGUAGGAAACCAACCAGAUGAUGAAAUGGUUACAGUGGUGGAAUGGUACCAGAAGAACCUCCUCUUUCACCGCUUUUGGUCAGUAGAUGACAAACAGCUGCAGACAGAGUUCAGUGCUCUUCGUUCCAUUGUGGUGGCCAACUAUGAAGAGACUGUAAAGAUGCCCAUUAACGAGCCUGCCAUGGGCAAGAGAAAGUCUCAAAUCCAGGAGUAUGUAGAGUACUAUGGAGGUCCAGGAGUGCAGCACAUUGCCAUGAACACGUCAGAUAUUAUCACAGCAAUUAUCAACCUAAAAGAGCGUGGAACAGAGUUUAUGUCUGUGCCAGACACCUACUACGACCAACUGAGGGAGAAGUUAAAACACUCCAAGGUGAAAAUUGCAGAGGACCUGGAUGUCCUGCAGGAGCUGAAGAUCCUGGUGGACUAUGAUGACAAUGGCUACUUACUUCAGAUCUUCACCAAGCCAGUUCAGGACCGCCCCACUGUCUUCUUGGAAGUCAUUCAGAGACAUAAUCACGAGGGUUUCGGUGCAGGAAACUUCAAGUCUCUUUUUGAAGCCAUUGAAGCAGACCAACAAGCCAGAGGAAAUCUGACCAUACUGACACCCAAUGUGUGACCAAGAGCAUGUGAUCCAUCAACAAACAAUAUGUUAGUAGUUAAAAGUGCUUUACUUUUUGAGCAUAUUAUACAAGUAUGGUCGCGCGGUGGCUAAGUGGUUAGCAUGGAAACCUAAAAAUCAGUGUUUCCAUGUUCUCCCUGUGCUUGUGUGGGUUUCUCUAUGUACUCUGGCUUCCUCCCACAUUGCCCAACUAGAGACUCGAAAUACUCCAUAGGUGUGAAUGUGAGUGUGAAUGGUUGUCUAUAUGUGCCCUGUGAUUGACUCGCUACCAGUCCACGGUGUAGCCCACCUCUCACCCAAAGUCAGCUGAGACAGAGUCCAGCUCACCCGUGACUCCAAUGAGGACAAACUGUAAAGUAAAUGAAUGAACAACUGAUUCUGGUACUUUUUGAUCUCAUGUUUUCUUCUAAUACAGUGUUGUGUUUCUUUUACAUCUCUGUGGUUAAAACAAUUUAAAACCUGAAACAACUGAAAAAUAUCACUGAGUCUAGACUCAAGGAAAACACAACUGAAAACGGUGUGUUAUCAUUUUGACAAUAAGGCCAACACAUCAUUCAGUUAUGAAGCUACAUACAUACAGUACAUACUGUGGUUUACAGCCAAACAUGCCUUUAUAAUGUAUGACCAAAAAGACAGCUUUUACAUAAUUAAAUAAUUUACAAAAGUCAGGAGUACUCAUCAACACGUAUUACACAAUAGCUUAUACUGUAAGUGCUGGUCAGAAUAGUCUAUUAGAUCCUGAUUGGUGUAGCUCUCAUCUUUUUUUUUUAAGUCCAGUGAGCGCCUGCACUUGUCUAAAUAUUACUUAAAAAGUACA